AUGCUGCUAACUUUAUUCAAGUUCACCAUGAUCGUUCCGCUACUAAUCAGCGUCGAAACCAGCUCAGAAAAAUUAUCAUUCGUCCCAGCAGAAGAGAAGAAGGCCUUACAACGACAGAGUGACGUAUUUUUAAAGGAGAACGUGAAAUCCGUCCAAGAUGAAGACACGAAUCUCGUGCAGAAGCGACAAUUGAACAAGAACAAUCGAUUUUCCAACGAAGAAGACUCGAGGAUACCUCAUGGUGGUGUCGAGAGUAGGUUCGUCAGGUCGAAUGGCAAAGGGUUAGCCCACAAAAUGGCGAAGGACGCGUUGAAGUCACCGAAGAUGCAGGAGACCAUGAGGAAGCUGUCGAAAGUGUCGAAACCGAAAGACACUUAUCACGUGACGGUGAAAGUGCCGAAGAACAGAGUGAGAAUGGCCAACGAGAGGAGACGUCAGAAAGGAGCGAGGCAUAAGGGAGGAAGAAAGAGAAAAAGGAAAAGACACCAUCGAAGACACGAAAAAGACCAUUCCAGACUGUUAAAGAGGGGAUCCCCUAAGAGAACGUCGAACCCAAAACGAGAAAUUAACUCUUCCUCGAAACGAUCCGACAAACGCGACGAAGAAGACACUCUCGAUGAUAAAUCACGCGACGAAUCGUCCAGCUCGAGAUCGAAGGAUCGAAAAAUCACCGUUAAAAUAGACAACAGUGAUUACGUCGAUUUCUCCACUCCCUCGAUUAUCAUCGAACCACGAAACACCGAUAAUUCUGCGAAAUUACGGGAAAGCGAGAAAAUGAUCGAUCGUCUGAUGAUAACGACCACGAAAGAUCCUUCGAAAAAGAAUGUCGGCGAUCGAGGGAUCGAGUAUUCGGAUUAUUACAGCGACGACGAGGUUCUGCAAGAUUUAGCCGCGAAUAAAAUCCCCGUACAGCUGUUCGAGACGAGUUCCAACGAUCGAUUUGCACGCCAGGCGGUGAAUUUCACGUCUUAUCGCGAUGGGAAUCGACGGAUCGAUAGAAACCGACGAAAACUUGGAAAAAAGCUGAGAGACGUGAAUUCUCUUCGUUUUCAGAAUUAUCCGACGAUUGAAGAACGUUCGACGUUAACGAGACGCGACUCUAUGCUGGACGAUUCGUCGAGUAAUUAUCCGUCGAAUUACGAAUCACCGGAACAUCGAAACGAAAAUAUCGACUCGUCUUAUCCGUCGGAUGGAAAUCUGGAACAGUCGCGAGUACUCGAGGAGGAGCCUGGUUCGCGGAAUAAUCUGGACGCUUUAGAAGCUGAUAAAUUGAACGUUGAAGCACAGUAUCCUGAGAAAUUCAAUUAUAUCAAUCAAUACGGAAAUCCUGAAGUAGCGAUGGCUUCGAACGAGCUUCGAAAUUUGAACAACGAAGUUGUUUCACCUCAAGUUCCUCAAUUUCAAGGUUUCAAUGACUAUCAGAAAGAAGACACUUUGGAUCAGAAUACGAUGGAUCAACCUCAGAUAGAAAAUCUGAGGAUUCCAAGUGCGAAGGACGAGAAUAUCGAACAAAUGGAACAAUCUCUGCAACCGAAGUACAGUUUACCAAAUUCUGGUGUUUCCAACGCUAUGGAUCAACCUUUGGGAAAGAUUCUCGAGUCUCUGGGAAUAAACGUGAAUGGAGCAUCGAAUAAUUUCGAUCAAUAUCCGAAUUUCAACGAGAACAUCGAUCCUUAUCGAGAUUCUUCUUACUCUAACAUGCUCGACAGGCCGGUGGAGCGUUUGUUGAGUCCUAGUUACUUGAGAAAGAGGCCGAACGAGGAUUCAGCAAACGUGAAAGAGUUGGAUUUAGAGGCGAGUAGAUCUAGAAACAGGAAGAACGACAGGGAGGGACAUUUCCGGAGACAUUCGAUCGAAGAUGGUGAUUACGAUAGGAAUAUUCUGGGUGAUGAGAAGCCUACGCAUAAUAUGAACAUUUCUAUAGCUGUGCACGACACGAAAGAGGUGGCGAAUCAGAUUCUCGAUACCAUAAUGGAGGAGCUUGAGGAACUGAAGACAGACCGGUCGAAGAACAACAAGAGGGAGGGAUUACCUUGCCGUUUGUCAGGGUCCUGGUCAACAGCUCAGGCAGGAGUGAAACUGGAUAUGAGGGUGGUGAAUCGUAGUAUAAUCGUGACACUGUCGGACCUCGCUACUCCCCGUUAUCAUGAAAGUUUAUUGAACGGAACGUGGAACGUAUCUGGUCACGCCCCAUUCAAGCGUGGAUCGCCAUUCACUCUGAUCGCCACCGACAAUACCAGCAAUUCCUUAGCAGUGUUUGCCGGUGCUUGUAGAGUGUGUCAGGGUGUCGACACCAUAGCAGGUGUUUGGUCAGUAGCUCGACAGCCAAAGGGUUGCAGCGAUUUCCAAGUAGCGACGAGCGUCUACAACGAUAUCUUCCGAAAGACGAAAUUAUCCAGCCUGAAAGAGAGUCAAGGCACGAAUACUACCGAAAGCGCGACAUCGAAGCAUAAAAAGAGGAAAAGUUAGGAGCAUUUAUUCUGUAACAAUCCGUAUGACGCGGAGAAUCGACGGAACGGGGAUCUAAACGUUGGAAUUCGAAGGAUGGAACCACGAUAAAUAAAAAAAUCUUACUUACAAACCUAUACGAGAACGAAUUAUACCGGUAUACCGACAGCUAUACCGGAAGAAUGUAGAAUAUUUUGUAACUAUGAUGUAAGUAGCUUCUAAUA